UAAUAAGAAAAGAAAAUCUAACAAUAAUAAUUAAUGAUAUCAAAUUCUAUUGACACCGCUCCAUCGGAACAUUUAUUGCUUUUAAUGGUAUAGGAGAAACCCGAACGGAAGAAACAAAAAUGUCGGACAAAAAUGUUUGGCUUCCUUAGAAACAGAUAUCCUUCAUUUCACCUGUAAUCUAGAUAUGUAAUGACAGUAACCAUAUUGGAGGAAUAAAGGAAGCUUCAAUUGCAGAGUUGUCUUUCUUCUGCUUCAUCGCUGAAGAUGUCAAAGGGGACGAAGAUCCCUGGCUAUAUGCAGGGAAAGGGAAGAAAUCCAAGAGGAAUUAUUGGAGAUCGAGAAAUUCGGUACAAAUGCUCCUUGCAGAACACGAUUCUAGACGUGCUUCGUGGACGUCCGGGGUGGCAGGAAGUCCCUGGUCAAAAUAAUGUACAACAAAAUGUACAGGCUAACACAAAACAGCAGGGAGCCAUCCCACAGUCUUCAAAAUCAGGUCAACAAUCCACUGGUCAGCCACCAUCAAACACUGGCAAAGCAGGAUCAGGUACAACUACUACCCAAGGAACGACCUUUGGAAACAAGGCCAGUGUAAGAAUUUCCCAAGGUCCAGCCACACAAACCACAGUGCCCACAAGAAUAGGUUUUCAAAGCAUCCCUCCUAUUACACGGAACAGUGAUGGAGACUGGGACUUCUAUUGGUGUGAUAGGGAGUGGCUUCAUCAAAACUACGACACUAUGUUCCUCUACGAACACCAGAAAAUCCUACACUUCAGAAAUCACUAUGAGCUGACGCGCAAAAAUUUAAUGGUCAAGAAUCUCAAACGCUUGAAGAAACAAACUGAACGAGAGCAAGGCAAAGCCGAGGGACUGAGCUUCGAGUUCUUUCCAACAACUUAUGAGCUCCCCUCUGAGUAUCACAUAUUUGUCGAGGAGUUUAAGAAGAACCCAGGAAUCAUCUGGAUUAUGAAACCAGCGGCCAGAGCUCAAGGUCGAGGCAUCUUUCUGUUCAGGAGACUGAAGGACAUCACAGACUGGAAAAAGGGAGAGUACCAACCCCUGAGUGACCCUAACCGUGAUGCUCCAGAAACCUACGUGGUUCAGCGGUACAUAGAAAACCCCUACUUAAUUGGUGGCCGAAAGUUCGAUGUUCGAGUCUACGUGUUAGUUGUUUCCUAUAAUCCUCUCAAAGUGUGGCUGUACAGGAGCGGGUUUGCUAGAUUCUCCAAUACAAGGUUCUCUCUUGAUUCCAUUGAAGAUACAUAUGUUCAUUUGACAAACGUUGCAAUCCAGAAAAAUGCCCCAGACUAUGACCCUGACAAGGGAUGCAAGUGGUCCACCCAGCAACUACGAAAGUACCUCUCCGCUAAGCAUGGGGUCGAUGCUGUCAGAAAAGCUUACAAAGGGAUUGACAACAUUAUUAUCAAAUCAUUACAGAGUGUUCAAAAAAUCAUUAUCAACGAUAAACAUUGCUUUGAGAUGUAUGGUUAUGAUAUUUUGUUUGAUUCUGAUCUCAAACCUUGGUUAAUAGAGAUAAAUGCCUCGCCAUCACUCACUGCCAGUGGAAAAGAAGAUUAUGAAUUGAAGUUUGGACUUUUGAAUGACUUAUUAAACGUCCUUGACCUGGAGAAUCGUCUGACGGGUAAAGAAAAGCGGAUUGGAGGAUGGGACUUAUUGUGGGAGGACGGACCAAUUUUGGCAGACGACGGAAACAUGGAAUGUGUCCCGAACGGGAACACGACUACCAUACCAAACUCCUUCCUAGGUUGCCAUAACGACAGAAAGAGACAGUUACGGGAAUUGUAUAUGGCUGCUCAAUCGGUCAAGAAGACGUGACGAGGCAUGAGAAAAUGACUAUACAGUGGAUCUCAUUUCUGCGAGAGGACUUGUCAAAGUGUAAUAGGACUAUACUGAAAGCAAUUGCCUCCGAAUUCCGUUCGGUUUUUUUUGGACAGCUUUAAACAGUAUUUCACAUGCUUUGUCCAGUAUUACCGUAUAUCUUCCCAAGAAGCUGUCCAGAAGUUUUUUGUCUCGGCAUUAAACUUCCAAAUAUUGUACAUUGUUUUGAGAUUAAAAGACAUUUAAUACACCA